AUGGAUCCAAAUAGUUCUGAAAAGGACUUCAUGUUGGCUCAAUUGCUUUCCCUUGGUUUUGACGAAUGGGUCUGUCGAAAAGCAGUUGAUUGCAAUAGAACUGUAGAAGCCGCAACUGAAUGGAUCCUUAAUGCUUUGGAUCCAAACUCGGGAAUUUCUCGUUCUAUUCCUACUUUAUCUCUAGGAAGUUCAUUUGAUCCAAUGACGUCUAAUAAUUCUAUGUCAGGUCCAGUGUCACAAUCAACUCCACAACCAACUAUAAUAUCUCGUCAUUUACAACCAGCUGACGAUUCAGAGUAUACAAAAGAAAGUAAAGCUAAAGCAGCAAAAGCAGCAGAAGAAGUUAAGAAACAAAAAAUCUUAGAACGUGAAGCUCGUAAAAAAGCAUUAUUGGCAAUCAAAGAAGAUAGGGAAAAGAUUAAACAACGGAAAAUGUCACAUCAAGCGAGAGAAAGCGAAAAUAUUGUGAUUGGUACAAACAAUCCAGCUGCUUCUACAUCAUCUCAACCUGGAACUUCAUCGGUGCCCACACAGGAUACAACUCUUAUCCGGAUUCGUUUAUCAACUGGUCGAUCUAUUCGACAAGCUUUUGCAACUUCUGUUAGAAUAUCUAAUUUAUUUGAAUGGGUUACUAACGAGAGUGAACCAAGUAAAGAAUUCCAAUUGAUGUCCCAAUAUCCAAGAAAAGUAUUUGGAGACGAUCAAAUGGAUCUAACUCUUGCAGAUGCCGGUUUAGUACCGAAUGCUUCCUUGAAUGUUGUGAGAUGUGACAUCCCAUCGGUUGUUGUCUCACAACAGCCAAUGCCCCAAAAUGUUCCACCAUCGUCACAAACUCCUAACGUUCCUCCAGGUAUACGACCCACGUUACCACCGCAGAUCCCUAUGCAACCUGCAAUUCCAAAUAAUAAUGCCCCUCCACACUUUCCCGGUGGACAACAUACACAACCAAGUAAUAAUCCACCUAAUGUCCCCCCUCACUUUCCGGUUGCACGACCUACAUUACCACCACAGAUCCCGAACAUUCCACCGAAUUUUCCGGGUGGGCCAAUGCAAGUUCCCAGACAUAUGCAACUUUUAGGUCGCCUUCCACAAAGACCGUUUUUCGGGGGAGGUCACCGUUUAACUGAUGAUCUUCAACAGAAUUCUGAUGGCUCUGAUGACUCUGAUGAUGAAACGGUGAAUGACGAAGAAAAAAGGAAGCGAAUUGCUGAUGCUAUACAAGCAAGAGCAAAACCCGAAGAAAAUAAUGUAGAAGAUGAAAAUGUGAAACACGGGAUCAAGCAUGAAGUUGGAAGUUUAAGAUCAAAAUGUGCAUACACAGUUGCCGCGCUAUUGACUUCUGCAACAAGUUUCAGAAUAAUAAAUUCGCUUGCUAAUGUAUCUUCCAAUAUCGGCGAAUUAUUAGUGGCAGAAUUGAUAAAAAUGGAAAAAUUGGAUGUUCUUACAUUUAAACGUUUUGCGAAUUGUAAUUUGCAGAAUAUUAUAUUAGAUAAUUAUCCGCGGGCAUCCGAUUCAUUAUUGGAAGUUAUUGGUAGUACGCAACGAACUUCAGUUACAAAAGUAAGCUUGAGAGCAUGCCAAGUCUUAACCGAUACGGGAUUAAGAGGAUUACAAGGGUUGAGAUAUUUAGAAACGCUGGAUGUUUCAUCUUGUAGGGUAAGAGAUCGUGCUCUCCAGUUUAUACAAGAGUUUAAUAAUUUAGUCGAUCUAAAUUUAUCUCAGACAAAAGUAACAAUGACUGGUUUAAGAGAUCUAUUUGCAAAUUGUAGAUUUGCAAGCAAAUUGGAAGUAUUAGAUUUGUCGUACUGUGCUGGAGUUUGUGGCAAAACUGUAUUUGCAGAUUUGCAACCAUUGGAGAGUAUACGUUCUCUCAAUCUAUGCAGCACUCAGCUAACACCACCUCAAGUUCCAGUUAAUCCUUCAAGUUUCCAAAAAUUAGAGAUUUUGAAUAUUUCUAGUACUAAACUUUGCGAUCAGGAUGUUAUGAAAAUUUUGUGUGGAUUUAAGAACCUUGUUGAUUUAAACUUAACUAAAACUACAGGAGUUGGCCAAUUUGGGUUGAAAUGGAUGGCAAAAGAGUACAAAUCUCUUAAUGAAAUCAAUUUUCCGAAUCAAGAAGAAGAAAUGGAUGAUAUAUUACAGGACUUUUCUGGACUGCCUUUAGAUAAGCUUAACUUGGAAAAUUUUAAAAAUGUUACUGAUGUUGGUGUAAUGCAUAUUGGCAGAAUAAAAAGCCUAUCAUUUUUAUCCUUGUCUGGAACCAAGUUAACUGAUGCUGGAAUGACAGCUUUGAAAGAUUUAGAGAAUUUGGCCGAAUUGUAUCUUGAUCGAACCAAUAUUACGGAUGUCGAUAUACGAGGACUUACGCACCUAAGUUUAAACAAAACAAAGAUUAAAAAUGAAUCAUUGCGGAUAAUUGGCAAAGCUGCAUUUUCUAAUAGGGGAUUAAAGUAUCUCAAUGUUGGAUACACGCAUGUUACUGAUAAAGGUGUGAGAGAACUUCAAGGACUUGUGAAAUUGAUGUUACUUAAUUUGGAAUAUACAGAAGUUUCUCUGUCUUGUAGACAAAUUCUAGCUGGCUUGCCAUUAUUACAACAUGUGAGACUUAUAGGAAUAACUAAAGAAUUUUGUGAUGAUGAUUCAUAA